GAAACCUUCCCAAAUUCAACAGCUGAGUAACGAAAAAUACAUAUCUCCAGAAAAAUAAGUUUUAUUAGAGCAAAUUUCAUUGUGGACAAUUCUUUUAAUUUUAAGACGUCUUUUUGUUCAACAGACAAACAAAAAAGAUUACAAGUAUAUAAAAGAGUAUACCAAAACACAUUCAGCAAAACUAACGAGAAGGUUGAAGGAAAAAUAUAUAAAUAUUAACAGUAUAACGUGUUUAAGAAAAAUUUUAUGGGAAAAAUCUUGUGGGAGUGUACGCGAUUGUUUACACGCCGUGCUAAGGAUCCCAUCGGUAGUUUCAAUGUAGCGAAGCUCUCGCAUCCGGAGGUUUCGUCGUUCCUGAGUUCGCACGAGUACAACUACACCGUCCAGGAGCCUUCAGCGGUCAAAGGAUAUGUCACGAACCAACUGGCGGCCAAUGAUCCACUGGAGGACACGAGGGCAGAAGCAAAAUGUCUACACAAAAACUGCAUGAUGUUCGGAGUAUAUGACGGCCAUGGAGGUGCAUCGUGUGCUAGGGUGCUGGCCAAAAGGCUGUUUAGCUACAUAGCUGUACCGCUGCUUCCUCAAGACCAGAGGAAAAAGUUUAUAUACGAAAACGAUGAAACGUACAAACUGAUCGAGCCUAUCAACGACCUGUUCGACUGGAGAGAGAACAGGGUCGAGGUGUACCACCGAAGCCUGAAGCAAUGGGCGAACUCUUUGGAGUUCACGAACCCGUCUAUGGACUGGCCUGAGACGUUGAAAAGGGCUUUCGACAGGCUUGACAGCGAUAUUGGAAAAGCGGCGGAAGAGGAGAAGAACAAAGGUCUGUCUUUGGGUGUCGCCAUGUCUGGAGCUGUGGCCUGCGUGGCCGUGGUCGCAGGAAUCGACUUGCACGUCGCCUACGCAGGCGAUUGUCAGGCCGUUUUGGGACAGUCUACGACCCUCGGAUCGUGGAACGCUAAAAAGCUGACGAACGAGCACACAUGUGACAACGAAGUGGAAGUGGCCAGAAUCAAAAACGAGCACCCGCCUUCGGAAAGGUUGACCCUCAUUCAAGACGGCAGGCUCUUCCAGUCCCUCGUACCACUAAGAGCUUUUGGAGAUUACAGGUAUAAAUGGUCGGUGGAGCAGCUUGAGAAAAUCGCAGUUCCCAAGUUCGGAAGAGGUGUGAUACCCCCGAACUACGCAACGCCUCCAUACUUGACAGCCACACCCGACGUCGUGACACACAGGUUGACAGAGAAGGACAAGUUCCUCGUCAUCGGAUCGGACGGAUUGUGGGAUGUACUCUCACCACAAAUGGUUGUCCAGUUGGUAGGAGACCAUAUGACUGGAAAGUCUUCCAUUUUACAGCUGCAGUUGCACAAGUUUAAAGACUUAUUUCCAGGAAGAGAUGGAAAAGAAGCUCACGAGUUGAGGCCCGUUGACAAGAGUGCUGCGACUCACUUGAUAAGGGCUGCACUCGGAGGAGACCACGAGGUCGUCUCCAAGCAGCUUUCCUUCCCGAUGGAACACGUCAGGAUAAUAAGGGACGACAUGACCGUCACGGUAAUCUAUUUCAAUACGGAUUUCAUAAACUCUAACGCCAACGGAGUUAAAGCCUCGAGCGAGGAAGGGAAACCCAGGCGGGUCAUGCAGAUCACCGAAGACGUUAAGCCCGAGGUUAAAAAUCCCGAAGUGGUGCCGAAGCCGACGUUAAGUCCAUCGAAACCCGUCGUCAACGACAAACCCGCGACUGCGAAGUUGCCUAGAGAAAGCCUAAAGAAAAGGCCCGUUCCAGGGUACAGGGGCAAAUGGGACGGGAUCGAACACGACGAAAAAGUGUUAAACUUCGACUUGGAUCGGGCGGUCGAACAGGGCGGUUUUACGACCCAGACGAAAACCAUCAAACGUACCAACUUGGCGAAAGUCAUACACAAAAGCAAGAAAGUCCCUUUCGCCAUUACCGACCUGGAAGAACAAAACAAAAUCAAGAAAAUGCAGAUCCUAUCGUUGAGAAACGAGAGCCUGAAGAAAGACUCGCUCAUACCCAAAUCGAACGAAUUUUCUGACAUUAAAGACGAACAGAAUCGUAAAGACUGAAGGGUAGAGGGGAAAGGCGCACUGGAGAAAUAACUUUUUGAAAGAGAAAAAAAUUGUUUUCGUUUUGAAAAUUCUUUACUGUCGGGUGGUCGUUUACUUAAAUAAAAUUAAACAAUAUCAUGUUCAUUUCAUAUCGUA